CUUUAUUGACAAAUACUGUAAAUACAGAACAUCAUACAUGACCAUCAUAUAUGGUCAGUGCACAAGACAUUCCAUACCUUGUCCAAAUUUGUUUGAGUCAAACAACAAUAGAUUAUUGAUUUUCCAGGUUAAAAGAAAGAAUAAAGGCACUUUAACUCAAAACAAAAACACUAAUUAUAAUAAUAACCUUCUUUUUGAUGUUUUAAAUUAGACUGUUUUAACAGGUUUUGUAUUGGUGCAGGAUUGAAUACUUCAUACAUAGUCUCUACAAACGCCAACUGCAGGCUGCACCUUCGCUGUCUCACCUGUAGGUGGCAGUAAUGCGUACUUUUGUUUCACAUCUCACGUUGAAACCCGGAAACAGAAUGACGUAUGGCAGGAAAGUACAGUCUGGACCCACGUGGGUAAAGUUUUUCACAGUUUUUAUGUUAUUGACCGCAAAACUGACAAUAUGCCCAAGAGAGUGAAGCCCACGGUGGAAGAAAAUCCCGCUCCCGAAGGAGGACACGAGGAGGAGCCGGUCCAGGAGGAGCCGAGACGGACCAGGAGUGGCCGCAGGUUGUGCACUCCCGCCGCCUCGGUGAAGACUCCGAGCAGAAGGACGAGGCGCUCUGUCCUCCAAGAGCUGCCGGCAGUGGAGGCACAAAACACGGUAGGACCAGAGAACAAACCCGGUGAUCCCCUCGAAGACGACUGCAGUGGGUCAACGAAACCAGAGUUAGAAAACCACAACGAGGAGCCGGUGGGGGAAGCAGCCGGCGAUGAAGCUAGCGGAGACCACCAUGACGUGCUAAAAUACGAGCCUGUAGAAACGGUUCCUCCUGCGAGUUCAGAAACCAUCCCAAAGAAAAAGAAGAAGAAACCUCCUCCUGCUGCUCCAAACGUCAAGCAGAGCGCAGUCAUUCCUUUGGGAAAACCCAAAUCAGGACGAGUGUGGAAGGACCGAAACAAACAGCGGUUCUCUGCUUUGCUGCGAGACAAACCACUGUGUUCCUCAUGGGAGAAGAAGAUGGAGGCCAAGCGGGAAAAGGAGCUGGUGAAGGCGUAUUCUUUGAAGCUUAAAGAGGAGAAAGCACGACAGAAGGAGGAAAAAAGGAAGAGAAGGGAAGAAAACCUGAAACGCCGCGCAGAGAACGAACGCAAAGCAGAGAUUGUGCAAGUGAUCCGGAACACGGCUAAGAUCAAGAGGAUGAAGAAGAAACAGCUCCGCAAAAUCGAGAAGAGAGACACUCUGGCUUCAAAUUCAAACACCAAAACACACACAAAUAUUUAACACGAUUUAAUGUAAACAUUAAAUUGCCAUGAAAUCCACUGUUUUGUCUUGUAGUUUUACUACAAAUGUACUGACUGAUCCGACUGGAGCUGUUCAUAAGCCAGAAAGAGAUGCUUUCUGCUUUAUUUUCAGAGGAAAGUCACUCUUAAAGCAUAAUUCUACAAUUAUUUUUGUUUUUUGGUGGGGUGGUGUCAAAUUUCUAUCUAGUAAGAAACAAAUAUUUACAGAAAAAGUAGUUGCCAUAAGAAACUGAAUGUUGAAGAAGAACUUUAUUCAAAAUAUGGUUUAUAAUAAAAAAAUGUUUCAACCUA